UCCAAAAUAUUGAGCUUUUCAGGUAUGAUGCCGAUAGGGGCUUCGCACUGAGGACUAACGUUGUCUGAAACGAUUUUAUAUCCUGCAUGUAAGCACAACUUUCAUGCUUCGUAGUGUCCUGAUAUUCUAGUCGAGAUUUCAGAGGACACAACGACCAUCAUGGCAGCGUCGGAGCUGUACACAAAGUUUGCUCGGGUGUGGGUACCCGACGCAGAGGAGGUGUGGAAGUCCGCUGAGCUGACAAAGGACUACAACAAUGGCGACAGCUCCCUGCAGCUCAUGCUGGAGGAUGGAACGAAUAUUGAGCACAAGUUGGACCCCAAGACUAAGAACCUCCCCCACCUGCGGAACCCUGACAUCCUGGUGGGGGAGAAUGACCUGACGGCGCUCAGCUACCUCCACGAACCGGCUGUGCUGCAUAACCUCAAAGUCCGCUUCAUAGACUCUAAACUCAUCUACACCUACUGUGGGAUCGUGCUGGUGGCUAUCAACCCUUAUGAGAGCCUGCCCAUCUACGGCUCUGACAUCAUCAACGCUUACAGCGGACAGAACAUGGGAGAUAUGGACCCACACAUCUUCGCUGUGGCAGAGGAGGCCUACAAACAGAUGGCCAGGGAUGAGAGGAAUCAGUCCAUCAUCGUGAGCGGCGAGUCGGGGGCGGGGAAGACUGUGUCGGCCAAGUAUGCCAUGAGGUACUUUGCUACCGUCAGCGGUUCAGCCAGCGAGACCAACGUGGAGGAGAAGGUGCUGGCCUCCAACCCCAUCAUGGAGGCGAUAGGGAACGCCAAGACUACCAGGAACGACAACAGCAGUCGUUUUGGGAAGUACAUCGAGAUUGGCUUCGACAAACGCUAUCGCAUAAUCGGAGCCAACAUGAGGACGUAUCUGCUGGAGAAGUCUCGAGUGGUGUUUCAGGCGGACGAGGAGAGGAACUAUCACAUCUUCUACCAGCUGUGUGCAUCGGCCCACCUGCCAGAGCUAAAGGCGUUAAAACUCAGCAGUGCGGAUGACUUCCUGUUCACCAAGCAAGGACGCAACCCUGUCAUCGACGGAGUGGACGAUGCCAAGGAGUUGAGCACCACCCGCCAUGCCUUUACACUGCUAGGCAUUAAUGAGUCCUACCAGAUGGGGCUGUUCCAGGUGCUGGCAGCCAUCUUGCAUCUGGGCAACGUGGAGGUGAAGGACCGAGACUCUGACAGCAGCGUCAUACCUCCCAGUAACCAACACCUGACGGCUUUCUGUGAUCUGGUGGGCGUGACCUACCAAGACAUGUCCCAUUGGCUGUGCCACAAGAAGCUGAAGACGGCCACGGAGACGUACAUCAAGCCCAUACCCCGUCUGCAGGCCACCAACGCCCGCGACGCCCUGGCCAAGCACAUCUACGCCAAGCUCUUUAACUGGAUAGUAGAGCAUGUCAAUAAGUCCCUGCACGCCACCCAGAAGCAACACUCCUUCAUAGGGGUUCUGGACAUCUACGGUUUCGAGACGUUUGAGAUCAACAGCUUUGAGCAGUUUUGUAUUAACUAUGCCAAUGAGAAGCUCCAGCAGCAGUUUAACAUGCAUGUGUUUAAGCUGGAGCAGGAGGAGUACAUGAGGGAGCAGAUUCCCUGGACUCUGAUCGACUUCUAUGAUAACCAGCCGUGCAUCAACCUCAUCGAGUCCAGGAUGGGGAUCCUAGACCUGCUGGAUGAGGAGUGCAAGAUGCCCAAGGGUUCUGACGACUCGUGGGCCCAGAAGCUGUACAACACUCACCUGAAGACCUGCAGCCUGUUUGAGAAGCCCCGAAUGUCCAACAAGGCCUUCAUCAUCCAGCACUUUGCUGACAAGGUGGAGUACCAGUGUGAUGGCUUCCUGGCGAAGAACAAAGACACAGUGAACGAGGAGCAGAUCAACGUUUUAAAGGCCAGCAAGUUUGACCUCCUGAUUGAGCUGUUCCGGGGAGAGGAGAAAGCCACCAGUCCCUCGGGGGCUGUCCCCGGUGGUCGCACGCGCCUCAGCAUCAAACCCGAAAAGACCCGGGCUGCACAUUCCAGCAAGGAGCACAAGAAGACCGUGGGCUGCCAGUUCCGGAACUCUCUACAGCUUUUGAUGGAGACUCUGAAUGCCACCACUCCUCACUACGUUCGCUGCAUCAAACCCAACGACCUCAAGUUCCCCUUCACAUUUGACCCCAAACGAGCGGUUCAGCAACUCCGAGCCUGCGGAGUAUUGGAGACCAUCCGCAUUUCCGCUGCAGGAUUCCCCUCCAGAUGGACCUAUCAGGAGUUCUUCAGUCGUUACCGGGUGCUGAUGAAGCAGAAAGACGUUCUCGCAGACAGGAAGAUGACCUGCAGGAACGUCCUGGAGAAGCUGGUAGAGGAUCAGGACAAGUAUCAGUUUGGCAAGACCAAGAUCUUCUUUCGAGCUGGCCAGGUGGCCUAUCUAGAGAAGCUGAGAGCAGACAAGCUCCGUGUCGCCUGUAUACGCAUCCAGAAGACCAUCCGCUGCUGGCUGGCUCGCAAGAAGUACCUCCGCAAGAAGAACGCCGCCAUCACCAUCCAGAGAUUCACCCGCGGAUACCAGGCCCGCUGCCUGGCCAAGUUCAUGCGCCGGACCCAGGCUGCAACAAUCAUCCAGAAGUUCCAGAGGAUGUACAUGGAGAGGAAACGCUACAGACAGAAGCAGGCCGCUGCCCUGGCCAUGCAGACCAUCCUCAGAGCCUACAUGGCCCGCCAGAAGUACCGCAGGUUACUGCGGGAGCACAAGGCCCUGUUGAUCCAGAAGCAUGUGCGUGGCUGGCUGGCCAGACAGUGGUACAAGCGUUCGCUGCGUGCCAUCGUGUACCUGCAGUGCUGCACCAGGAGGAUGAAGGCCAGGCGCCAGCUCAAGAAGCUCAAGAUCGAGGCGCGCUCCGUGGAGCACUUCAAGAAGCUCAACAUCGGCAUGGAGAACAAGAUCAUGCAGCUGCAGAGGAAGAUCGACGAGCAGAACAAAGAUAGCCGUGUGGUCAGCGAGAGGCUGAACAGUCUGGAGAGUUCCCACGCGGUGGAGAGCGAGCGCAUGCGUACCGAGUUGACCCGUCUGCGCGGCGCCGAGGAGGAGGCCAAGAACAACGCCAACCGCGUGAGCACCCUGCUGGAGGAGCUGGAGAGGCUGAAGAAGGAGCUGCACACCACCCAGAAGGAGAAGAAGACCAUCGAGGACUGGGCCCAGAAAUACAGGGACGAGAUGGAGAAGAUGGUAGCAGAGCUGAAGGAGCAGAACGGACUCCUGAAGAACGAGAAGAACGACUUGAACCGAAUGUUAAAGGAGCAGAGCCAGCAGAUGACAGAGAAAAUGACUCGCGCUCUAGCAGAGGAGACUCAGCAGUUGGAGAGCGAUCUGAACGAGGAACGCUCGCGCUACCAGAACCUUCUGACGGAACACCUACGCCUGGAAGAGAAAUACGACGACCUGAAAGAGGAGAUCACGCUCUCUGUGAAUGUCCCCAAGCCGGGCCACAGGAGAACAGAUUCCACACACAGCAGCAACGAAUCAGAGUGCACAUACAACUCCGAGUUCGCCGAAUCAGAAGAAAGCUCCCGCGCUACAGAGGAUGUGACCCGCGGCAUGGACACGUCUCUGACUCUGAAGCUGCAGAAGCGCGUGACAGAGUUGGAGCAGGAGAAACAGUCGCUUCGCAACGAGCUGGAAAACAAGGAGGACCAGUUCCAGCGGGCUAGAGCCAGGGAUGACGUGGAGCAUAAGAAGGCUCGCGGAGCAGAGCUGGAGUACGAGUCUCUUAAGCGCCAGGAGCUUGAGUCUGAGAACAAGAAGCUGAAGCACAACCUGGCAGAGAUGAGGCAGAGCCUUCUGGGCAAUGCAGGCGCAGGGACGGGGGCCCCGGGCUCCCCGGCCUACAAAGUGCUCCUGGACCAGCUGAACUCCUCCUGCGAGGAGCUGGACGUGCGCAAGGAGGAGGUGCUGAUCCUCCGCUCCCAGCUGGUCAGCCAGAAGGAGGCCAUGCAGCACAAGGAGACCAUGACAGACCCUGUACACCAUGUCGAGGAUGUUUCCAAGUUGAAGGACUCUGGUGAAAUCAAACAGGCUUACAUAGGCCUCAAGGACACCAACAGAUCACCCAGGUUCUUGCGUAUGCCGCUGGAAGCCAAUGAGCUCCUGAGUAAGCUCAGAUCCCCCACUCCAGACUUCCAUAGGCUGAAUGAGGACGGAGAGCUCUGGCUGGUUUAUGAAGGGUUAAAGGAGACCAACAGGUUGCUGGAGUCCCAGCUGCAGUCGCAGCGGCGUAGCUAUGACAACGAGGUGGAGGUGUUGCGCGGCGAGCUGCAGAGCGUGAAGGAGGAGAACAACCGGCAGCAGCAGCUCCUGGCCCAGAACCUCCAGCUGCCCCCGGAGGCCCGCAUCGAGGCCAGCCUCCAGCACGAGAUCACGCGCCUCACCAACGAGAACCUGGACGUGCUGAAGACAGACGACCCCACAGAGUAUCGCGAGGCCCGGGUCAUCAUUUUACGACGGAUGGUUGAUCUGAUGGAACAGCUGGAGAAGCAGGAUAAAACCAUCCGCAAACUCAAGAAACAGCUCAAGGUCUUCUCCAAGAAGAUUGGGGAGAUGGGCGCGGGUCAGAUCGAGGGCCAGGUGUCCCCAGGUCAGAUGGUGGACGAGCCGAUCCGCCCGGUGAACAUCCCUCGCAGGGAGAAGGACUUCCAGGGCAUGCUGGAGUACAAGAAGGAGGACGAGCUCAAACUGGUCAAGAACCUCAUACUGGAGCUCAAGCCCCGUGGUGUGGCCGUGAACCUGAUCCCGGGCCUGCCGGCCUACAUCCUGUUCAUGUGUCUGAGGCACGCCGACUACGUCAACGACGACCAGAAGGUCCGAACGCUGCUCACCUCCACCAUCAACAGCAUCAAGAAGAUCCUCAAGAAACGGGGGGAUGACUUCGAGACCGUCUCUUUCUGGUUGUCCAACACCUGCCGCUUUCUCCACUGUCUGAAACAGUACAGCGGGGAUGAUUCAUUUAUGAAGCACAACUCCUCGAAGCAGAACGAGCACUGUCUGUCCAACUUUGACCUGGCAGAGUACCGGCAGGUUCUUAGUGACCUGGCCAUCCAGAUCUACCAGCAGCUCAUCAAGUGCAUGGAGAACAUCCUCCAGCCCAUGAUCGUCUCUGGCAUGCUGGAACACGAGACCAUCCAGGGCGUGUCGGGGGUCAAGCCCACAGGCCUCCGCAAGCGCACGUCCAGCAUCGCGGACGAGGGCACCUACACCCUGGACUCCAUCCUGCGGCAGCUCAGCGCCUUCCACUCCAUCAUGUGCCAGCACGGCACUGACCCGGAGCUCAUCAAGCAGGUGGUCAAGCAGCAGUUCUACAUCAUAGGAGCCGUCACCCUCAACAACCUGCUGCUGCGCAAGGACAUGUGCUCCUGGAGCAAGGGCAUGCAGAUCAGGUACAACGUGAGCCAGCUGGAGGAGUGGCUGAGAGACAAGUCCCUGAUGGUGUGCGGCGCCAAGGAGACCCUGGAGCCUCUGAUCCAGGCGGCACAGCUGCUGCAGGUCAAGAAGAAGACAGACGAGGACGCCGAGGCCAUCUGCUCCAUGUGCCUCGCCCUCUCCACCGCCCAGAUUGUGAAGGUCCUGAACUUGUACACUCCGGUCAACGAGUUUGAGGAGAGGGUGUCGGUUACAUUCAUACGCACCAUACAGACUCGUUUGCGGGACCGCUGUGAGACGCCCCAGCUGUUGAUGGACACUAAGAUGAUCUACCCUGUCACCUUCCCCUUCAACCCUUCUUCUCUGGCGCUGGAGACCAUCCAGAUCCCCAGCUCUCUCAACCUCAGCUUCCUCACUCGCGUCUAGACCCGGGCACACACACACACACACAGUCACACCUGCGUUCAUGUUCAAACCUUCACUCACACACACACACACACACACACUCUGCCGUGAGUCCUAUUGUCACGCGCCGACGUGUCAUCUCCUAUCAUCUGCGUGUAAAAAGAGCCCACAGUCCUCAGAGAGAAUGCAGAAACUAUCCAACAUGUCCUGUACAGUACAUCCCCCAGUGGCCUCCUCCCCCACACACACACACCUCCCAGUUAUCCCACAUUCCCUUUCCUUUAGCCCAGACACCCUGGGCCUCGGCCUCUCCCCUCGGUUCUCGGUAGUUGUGAGUGUUCUAGCAGUCCGGUUCUCCAAUAGGAAUGUAACUCGCUGAAGUCAAGUCUCUGCCCAUAGGGUGAGCUUCAGUUCUCCUCUAUUGUCAUGUUCUCUUCUCUCACUCUGAACAAUCAAGCCAAGACAGAACCCCAUUGUCUGUACCAUACUACUUAUACAUAUAUAAAUACAUAUAAAUAUGAAUAUAUAUAUCACGCUAUUAUAUUUUAUUUAUUGCAUCUUUUCUUCCCCUCCUUUAAGGAAAACUGGAGUUUCUUUGCAGAAGACAUGGAUGUCUAAAAUGAGUGAAUAUGAGCUCAUAUUAGGGAUUUUAUUUUAACUGGCAAGUCAAGUAAGAACCUGUUCUUAUUUUCAAGAAGGCCUGGCAAGAGACAAAAAUCCUCUCAUGGGGACAGUGAUUGAGAAUUCAAAUGAAACAAAGGUAAUAACAUGAUAGACAGAACUAUAUAGACGCACCAAAUCACAACAACAAACAGACAAACCAGCACAUCACAACAAGAGUAAUCACAAUUGGGGAGACAGUUACAGCAACAAUACUGUUAUUGAAGUCAAAUUCAGUGGGACAGACAGGAUGUAUAGACAAUUAGACUAGUGCUGUUAUAUAAUAUUUCUGUCAAUACCAGAUGUAGGAUUAUUUCAUGAACGCUACCGUAGUUUUUUCAAAGUAGAUGUUUAUUUGUGAAUGUGUCGUGUUUUAACUCAAGUAGCUUUUUGUCAUGUAUAACCUGCCUCGCCAAGAGCUCCAAAUCUAGCACAGAUUAGCCCAGGUAGAACUGCUAGUCUUUUUAGCACAGAUUUAAUCGGCGGACUAGCUUCCAAGUGCAGGUAUAACCUAACUUCUAGCUUUUCAGGACUAGCCAGACAUGUCCUGCAAACCCUCCCCCCCCCCCCCAGUCAGUCACCUACUCCCUCCGAGAUCUCAUUCAAACUCUGCUGUCACACACUGAUAUACACAUACACACACACUCAGCCUACUGCUGUGUUAAACCUGCUGUAUCGUAGGGGUCUAACUGCACAGAGGCACACUGGAUACAUCCUGUUCUUUCCACAAUAUCCUCCCUGCUGAACUCUGGACAAGUUUACGAUAAGUGUGUAAUUAUUUAUUUCAGUAUUAAGAUUUUUUUGUGAAGUGGAGGAUACAAGUACUGCUGAUUCAUGUGUCACUGAGCAGCGCUGCCCUUGCUCCUGCCAGGCUGUAGAAUAUCACUUUCAUUUCUCCUCCAGAAGCGAAAUCCCAUCUUCUGGACCAAUGCCCUGGUCUAACUAUGCUCACCCCUGUACUAGCAGAGAGGUGGCAACAUUGGGCCCUUUUAUUAUCCCCGACCAUAAUACAGGAAAAAAUCGAAAACGAGAAUUUUUUAACUAGCAUGUAGUGCUGUCAUUCUCUUCCAUGCAUGGGCUCAGCUUUACUGCUACAUGGCUUAAUAGGGCUGUCAGCCAAAUGUGUGGGUUGUCGGCUGUGAACUGGAACAGUUUUUAAAGAUGCAUCAGUUUAGUAAGAUGUGAUAUUAAAUGUACAGGACGUUACCCAGUACCUUGGGUCUCCUGUAACAAAGUGCAAAAACCUGAUCGUCAAAUAUUUUGCGUUGAGUUGCCUCUUCGUUCCAUUGGCUUGCUCCUCCUGUGCCAUCAAAAUGAACCCUGGAAUCUUUUGGCCUACUACUUCAAA